AUGAGUGGAGACUCGCUCGCGGCAGCACUCAGCCGGCUCAACAGCUGCCAUGAGGCGGCUGACAUAAUCUACGGAAAGGACGCUGCGCAGACACUGUCGAACACCUCAUCGCUUCCCAACACUGCCGCUGCUGCUGCCAGUCGCGAUGAGUUCUCCGUUAUCGUAGCCCGCCGCAUCGGGACGAUGGUGGCGCGCCUUAACGACCUCGCUAGCCCUGCCUCGCAAGUCGUCUUAACGCCUCGCAUGGUCCUGUGCGAGCUGAUGGAUGUCGUACGCCAGGCCCUGUACGCAUCGCUGCCUCCGUCGAUGCAGCAAGAUGUGCCGCCGACGGAUAAAGCUGGUGUCGUGCGGCUGUUCAAUACGUACGCGUCGACCCGGCAGGUGCCGCUGGGGGCCGCCGCAGAAGGCCUCUACGCUGUCUCCUACGUCAGCGUGAAGCUGCGGGUGGAGUUAGUGGCUCUCCAGCUGCACCGACGCAUCCGCGAAGAGUUGACGAAGAAAGACACGCAGGCCUCCGAAGGCAGCGUGGCGGCCCUCGUCGUGACGGAGACUCUUUUAGAAGACUUCAUGGCGAUCUACAACAACAUCGUGCUGACGCUGCCGAUAACGAAGGCGACGGCAGCCGGCGGCAGCGAGGGCGACGGGGCUGCUGCGACCGCCGCGGCGGAGCGUCUGGUGCCUGUGUUUCUGCAGUACUUCUAUCAACUGUGCGAUUGGGUGCUUGUGCUGGAGUCCACCAUGAAAGGACCGGUGAUGUCCUACACCCAGGUGAAGCGGCUCUCCGUGGAUGAGCAGCGGGGCACCGUCGUCGUGGACCUCCACCGCCCUACGCCGCAGACCGCGUGGGGGCUGCUGUUGAACGAGCAGGGCUGCCUCGUCGACAUCGAUGUCAGCCUGCGUGUGUUUGAAAAGGCAAAGCAGCUGCACCACCUCCUGCAGGCCGCCCCGCAAGGUGCGCUCAUCACCAAAAUUAACGAGCAGCCGAUUCCACCGGUGCGACAGGGCAACCACGCGGCCUACGCGCAGAAGGUCGUGGAGACGCUGCAGGCUGCCACGGCGGCGCGCAAAAACGUGCAGCUCUCCCUGCAGUCCACCGCCUUUAAAGCUGCGGCGCGGACGUUGCCGAUGGAGGUGGCCUUUGUCGCGCCUCCGCAGGGCGGCGAGGGUACGUCCGGGCAGCGCGUCACCCUUGUGCUGCGACGGCAGAGCACGGCGGCGGACUGGGGCUUCACGGUAGACGAGCGGCUCUACUGGCACCCACCGCCCACUCGCACCCUCUCCGACGCCGCCAAGAAUUUCGUGAAGGACUACGGCAGACAUCUCCGCCUGCUCGCUGUGAACGGGGUAGAGGCGCUGCACACGACGCAGGUGGAGCUGCUCCUGCGUUCGGCCGAGACGGUGGUGCUGGAGCUGCUGGUGAUGCCGACGUUUGAGAGGGAUCGACGGGCCGCGUCGCGUGGGCCAGCAGCCGCGCUGACACCCGCAACGGAAGGAGAGGCAGCAGUGGAAGUGUUUGAGGGCGAAGGCGGAAAGGUGAAGGACAAGGAAGGGCCGAAGGUGUCGAAGGGGACGCGGCACGUCGGCGCCGGCCGUGCGGAAGACGAUGCCCAGAUGGAGGCGACGGUGGCAAAGUUUCUGCAGCGUCGCACCGCUGCCACCGUCAGCACCGGGGGCGAGGCGGCGGUCGCCAUGGAGACGCCGUUGGUGGAUGCGGUGAUGGCGCGUCCCUCGCCUACGGUGGCGGCUGCGGCUGCUGCUGCGGCAGAGAAAGAAGAGACGAAGCGCAAGCGUGGACGUCCGUGCAAGACGGUGGUGGUGGCGGAUGAACAAGACGUGAGCAGUAAGAAGGUGGUGGCUGCCGACCUAGACACUGCUCCUGCUGCUGAAGACAUCGCCGACCCGAACGAGUUGCCGAGCUCGACAAACGCGGAAGGGGAGGAGGUUAAGGCCAAGCCGCGGAGGGGGCGGCCCUGCAAGAACACCUUGAUGGAUGGGACAGGCGCUGAGAUUGCAGCGGUGACUGCCGCCGCUCCCCGCCGCGGCUCCAUCGAUGUAAACGACACGGCGGUGCAGAAGAUUCUUGCCACCUUCGCCGAUGACGAUGUCCCUGUAAGACCACGCAAAGCGAAAGCGAACCUUCCGAGUGAAGACGCGCUGAUGACGACAGAUGGGAAGAAGGGGGAAGAGGCAGCGUGUGUGUUCGACAACACGGUACGGCUGCUGCGCUUGACGGACGAGGAGAUGGUGCUGGAGCGCCCCUCCGUCGAUAUGCCGUGGGGGCUGCCGAUUGGACGCAUUGCGGACGCAGCGGAGGCACCCCAACAGCUGCCGCUGCGGCUGAUGAGUCUGCCACCAGCCAAGUCCGCCGCGGCCAGGACACAUCCUUUUGUGACGCAGUUCAAGAAGGACCCGACGACCUGGUUCAUUGCGGAGGUGAACGGCAAACCGGCCGCCAACGCAGAGGCGACGUUGAAGUCCGUCGCGAAGCUCACCCGCAUGACGCUGCGAUUUCUUCGUAAGUAA